GUCUGUUGUAAUGACGCAGCAAGGCCUGUAGGUGGCGUAGAGGCUCAAGCAAGCGGCGGACAGCACCUGACCCCGCUAAUCCUGGGAUUAGUCCGCGUUAAUCUGGGUCGUCGUCUUCAACCUGCCACCGUCACUGCCUGCUUAUUUUCACAAGAAAGGACGCUUUUAACGCGGCUCCCGUGCGUUCUGAUGGACUCCAAAGGCCUCCGGCUGCCGUCGCUUCCAGCCUGCGGUGACAGCGCUUGGAAGUGAAGCCUCUCGGGUCCACCUGGUCCCUUGCAGACCAGCGGUAAAUCCACUAAAGCGGAUCAGGUCCCGCACGCCUGGAGCCUCGUGGUUAUGGUUGCAAGAAAAGAACCAGACUUGACCUGCUGAGGGUUCUGGUCCUGCUUGUGGAUCUUCUGGAGGCUCCUCAAGGACCAUGAGCCACGCAGGUGCCAUCCAGGUGGCCGGCGGGGUACAUGGCGGCGGCUCUCUCCCAGCAGGCGUCAGGCGCUAACCGGCGGCGCUCUCCGAAAAUGAAUUCCCAUGGCUCCGCCCUCCAUCGCAGCCAGUCGCUGGCCAGCGGCCUGGAGAAGUCCUCGCCCACGUGGACCAAAGCGCCUCACUCCCGCAGCAGCAGCACGCUGUCGUCGCGGCACUCCCGACAGGUGACCAAAGACUGGGAAGUGAUCGAUGACGUCCACGCAGACGUGACCGCCGCAGGAGAACAUCCUCCGGAGGUCACCACGCCUGGAAUAUGCGAAGGUUAUUUGCUCAAGAGGAGGAAGUGGCCGCUUAAAGGAUGGCACAAGCGAUACUUUGUCCUGGAGGGAGGUAUCUUGAGGUACUGCAGAAACCAACACGAUGUAUCCAUAGGAAGGGUGCAGGGUUCUCUGGACAUUAGCAAUGCUGUCAUGUCCAUUAACAAGAAGUCCAACCGUAUUGACUUGGACGCGGGGGACAUUCUGUACCACAUGAAGGCAAAGAGCCACGAGCUCUUCUACAUUUGGGUGACCAAACUGCGAGCUCAUCGCUCGUACAGGAAGAGCGAGGCGGCCGUCCUCCUUAACGGACAUCCGGUGACGACCGUGUCGGCUGACGGCAGCCAGCCCAACGAGCUCCUCCUCCUGCCCGUGCAGAGCUCUGCGGGCGUGGCCUCUGCAGCCCCGCCCUCCGCCAACAACAAGGUGUCGGCGUGGCUGCAGCAGAGUCACCCGCCUGACACCUGUGCGCCAGAGCUCAACCGCUGCCAUUUGGACCUUUCAGAACUCAACCGGCUCAUCCAGAGGCUGCAGCUGCUGGAGGCGGGGCAAGCAUUCACCAACGGGGAGCUCCAGCGCAUCAUCAGCGUCCAGAACCUUUCACUGGAGAAGCCAAGGAAGCAAAAGUCAGGAAGGGUGUGGGGUCACGCUCGUACCCUGUCCCGAGUGGAAGCGCUGGGGAUGCCUGUUCGCAGGAUGACUAUGUCGUUGUCCUCCAGCCCUCUGAGCAAUUCGUCCCACUUUGGCGCCUCCGUCCCCUCCAUCCCCGACUACGUCUACUCGCAGCUGGCCCCACCCACAUCCACUUCGGCCGAGGGCAAGAAGAUCCGGCAGGACAUCUGCGCCGUGUCGCUACGAGUCCUGACCUCUCUCCAGUCUGUCCACCACACCCUGUGCCAAGAGAGUCUCAAGCUGCAUGAGGUCUGGGAGAACAACAACGUCCACCACGCCCAUGAGGUGGCGGUAGGGAGGUGUCCAUCCCACAGGCCCGCCUCAGUAGCCGAGUCGGCUGCCGAGUAUUUUGACGCCAGUGACGACAUCCUGUUUGGGAGCUCCUCUGAGGUGUCAGAUGAAUCUGGACUGAGUGAUGGAAGCACAUCCAACUCGGAGCCUGAGGAAGGACACGUAUCGGCCACCCGGAAGUACCGAGCCAGCAUUUCCGGGACUCCUCACAGCGUCGCUCCCAAGAGCAGCGGACGUCGAACGACACUUCCUGCUCCGUGUCCAGACAACAGUCACGUGGGCCUCAUGGCCAUCCUCUACAACAACAUCGGUAAAGACUUGGCCCGCGUGUCCAUGCCGGCCGCCCUCAACGAGCCCGUCAACCUGCUGCAGAGGCUGUGUGAGGAACUGGAGUACAGCCAGCUGCUCGACACUGCCAGCAACACCGCAGACCCGUACCAGAGGAUGGUCUACAUUGCUGCCUUCGCCAUCUCGGGUUACUCCACCGCGACCUUCCGGAGCCGCUACAAGCCCUUCAACCCAGUCCUGGGGGAGACCUACGAGUGUGUGAGGGAGGACCGCGGCUUUCGCUUCAUCAGCGAGCAGGUGUGUCACCAUCCUCCCAUCUCAGCCUGCCACGCAGACUCUGACAACUUCUCCUUCUGGCAAGACCAGAGGUGGAAGAACAAGUUCUGGGGCAAGUCGCUGGAGAUCGUGCCGACCGGGAUGGUGAACGUGGCGCUACCGAGGUAUGGAGACCACUAUGAGUGGAACAAAGUGGUGACCUGCAUCCACAACGUGCUGAGUCAGCAGCGCUAUCUGGAACAUUACGGCGAGGUCACCAUCCGCAACCUGAAGAGCAACGUGUGCACCUGCAAGAUCUCCUUUGUCAAGUCUCGCUACUGGGGGUCAGAGGGCAACAAGAACGAGGUCCAGGGCACGGUGCUGGACCAGAGUGGCAGCGUCAUUCACCGCUUUGGAGGUCUGUGGCAUGAAGGCAUCUUCUGUGACACGCUGCCCACCCCCAAAUGUGUCUGGAAGCCGAAUCCACAACCCAAAGACCACCUGCUCUACUACGGCCUUUCCACCUUCGCUAUGGAACUCAACGAGCUCACGCAGGACCUCAAGCCUCUGCUGCCCCUUACAGACAGCAGGCUGCGACCCGACCAGAGGAUGCUGGAGGAAGGUCUCGUGGACGAGACGGACAGAAAGAAAGACGAAAUCGAGGAACUGCAGAGGGAGAGGAGGAAAGAGCUCUGCAAAAAAGGGGAGGAGCAUGUCCCGUCUUUCUUCAGGAAAGCCAAAGAUUCUUGCGGUCGUGACGUCUGGUUGACAAAUGGAACCUACUGGAAACUCAGAGGGGAUCCAGGCUUUGCCAACAUGGCCGGUGUAACUCUGUGGUGACACAAACCACCGCUGUCGGGAGCAUGCGUGAUCCGCUGCGAAGAUGAGCGGUGAUGGUGCUGAUCCGUGCAUGACUGGCUCAUGGCAACUAUCAGCUUUUAUUUGUGUGCUUGUGUUUUUUAGUGGACUGUAAACUAUGCAAACAGGACUGAACUUGUAUUAGAAAUGUAUCUUCUCCACCCAAGUAUGACUCUUAAGUUCUAGAAGGUCCACUUGUUUGACGAUACACUCUCACUUUCAUUUGAAGACAACACGAAAGGACAUUUUUGACAAAGAGAUCUUUAUUUGAAUAGAAAAGAAAACAACAGUACAAUACUCACUUGCGUCACCUUAAAUAAAUAACACUUUUUCUUUCAAAAAUCUCAUUUUAUAAAUUGCAAUGGCUGAGAGGAUUAUUGCUCGGUUCAACAUGUGACAUCCUGUACACGCCCCCUUCUGUCAUUCUUGAAAAUAAGUGCAGGUCCUUUUAUAAAUCAUGUCUGCUGUUAUUUGGGAGGCUGCAGAGCUUGGCUGUCACAGCCGAGAUAUCCAGCAGGGGGCAGCCCUGAGGCGCUCAUGACAGCACUGGGAAUGAGCAGCACGUGACCGCAUUAAACGGCUUUGAUUGUCUUUAGGACGUCAUCGCUAUCGCGAGAUUCGACUGCUAAUUGCACUUAAACUGUGACAAGUAUGAUCCAAUAUCUUUAGCUCAAUUAUGAAGACAUAUUUUAAAUUUCUGCUCAUGCCAGCGUGGUCUUUGUAAGGCAAACAGUCGUCGUUCCAAUACAAGCCGUUUGGGGGCGACCUCCUCGUGGUCAAUGAUGCUGACUACGCGAAUGCUAUUAGCUUAGCAUGUCGUCCACCUGUCAGGUGUUGUCUGGGGUCGUUAGCGGAGACGCGUGAGGAGACCACCGCUGGCUGGCGGCCUCUGUCAGGAUGCGACUGUCACCGCCUGUGAGGACAAACGCCGGCUCAUGGUGUCUGCGAGGUCACUUCCCACUUCCUGUUCACGGCGGUGACAGCUUCUGUUUAGCUUCCAGGUGUGUGAAUGACCCACUUUUCAUGGCGACCGCAGAAGAAGAAAAAGAGCGAGGCUCCCUAAUGCAACGCUUGCCUCUUCUGCGGACAUCAAACGUACCGGUUCCGGUGGAAAUUCUCGAGGAAGAUCAGAAUUCCCCAAACGUCCCUUAUUUUGUAAUGCAAAUGUUGACAGGAAGUGGCGGCGUGAUUCCGCGCGUCCCGUUACUACGGUGGUAACCACCACCAACAGUUCAGCGCUGCGUGUUUUAAGAUAUAUUUGUCAUUUUGUGUUUGCUUGAGAUGCUCCUGAAGGACCCAGAGAUGUCUUUAGUUUCUUCUUUAUACUGGAAGGGCAUUUUGGUGCUUAUUUUCCUUCAUUUUAGCGACAAAAGUUGUCACGCGCUUGCUCGUGUAGGCUGCAGUGCUCUGCGUCGCCACCAGAGGGAGCCAAAUUAGUUGCUACACUAUGCAGUGUGUCUGUUUGGGAGGAAAUGAUGAGUGCAAAAAGGUGAGAAAAGAGAGGGAGUUUGACAGCUUGAUAGUUUGAGAGAAGAAGAGACGAGCCCUGCAGGCGUCAUGUCAAGAUAUGCAGAUGUUUUUUUUUUUUCAAACAAUCCAGAUGUUUCUGAGUCGACGGUCGCAGGUGUGUGUUGCGUCCACGUGGCUGCGGGGCACGUCGCAUCCGCUCCGCGUCCCGCUGUGACGUUGACCUUCAAACGUCCUCCUGAGCGCCAUCACUCACUUUAAAGAUGGCCGCCGCAAAUGUUCCCACCUACAGCGGUGACCUCAUCGAGGUGUG